UCAUUCAAUUGAAUAUAUAUCAUCUCUUCAUGGUAUCAAGAGCCUAAUCUCUAAAGAGCUUUACAUAAUUUUUUUUCUUUUCUCCUUCAUCCUCACGAUGACUAUCACCGAGUCUACCUCUGUUAUUUCCAUUACUGCCGCUACACACUUUCUGAUUAAGCUUACGACAUCCAAUUUUCCGGUGUGGAAAUGUCAAGUCUAUAAUGCCUUAGUCGGCCUUGGUCUUGAUUCCUACAUCAAUGGUACUCUUCCUUCACCAAAUCAAUUCAAUGAUUCUGCCAAAACACAACCAAAUCCAUGUUAUAUGAUAUGGUACCGGCAGGAUAAAACAAUCAUUAGUGUGCUCCUUGGAAGUUGCUCUAAGACGAUUCAGCCACUACUCUCGUCUGCCGCCACCGCGCGUCAAGCGUGGGAGAAACUCACUCUCACCUAUGCAAGUACAUCCCAAGGCCGGAUUAUUUCUCUCAAAACUACGCUUGCUCGUACUAUGCGUGGUGCUCGUUCAAUCACUGAAUAUCUCACUAAGAUGUUUGCCCUAUCCGAAUCACUAACACUUGCCCAAAGUCCACAGUCAGAGGAAGAUUUGGUGAUCAAUAUCCUUAGAGGUCUUGGUCCUGAAUACAAUGACAUCACAUUUGCCAUUCGGGUCCGUGAAACAGUUCUUCCGCUCACUGCCUUGCAGGAUAUUCUUCUUGAACAAGAAAUCAAGCUUCGUGAUCAAGCUACUGUCACCACGGAACUCCUACCCACUGCACAUGUCACUCAUGUUCCUGAACGUGUGCAGGCUUCUAGAGAACGACGUUCGUAUUCUGGCAAUGAACGCAGGUCUCAACAACCUCGUCGGGGUCGAGGUGGAUUUUAUGGCACACCACGUCCGUCUACUAACCCUAUUAUUUGCAGGUUUUGUGACCAUAUGGGACACGAUGUCAAAAAUUGUCGUAAAUUGCAACGUUUCUUACGUGACAAUCACGUUUCGUAUGCACCUCCUGCUGUGAAUCACACCACCGGAUCUGCCUCGCCUGGACAACCUUGGUUAUUUGAUAGUGGUGCAUCUCACCAUGUUGCAUCCGAUGCGUCUACGCUGCCGUCAAAUACGGACUAUGGCGGUCCCGAUGAGGUUCACCUUGGUAACGGAUCGAGUCACGGGGGCGCCACUAAUGCGGGGGACGAACAUUAAUGACGUCUACUAUGCACCAUCUCCGAUCGAGUCAGUCUCUCAUUUCCGGCCGCAAAUGCAUGUCACCCAUUUCUCAGCAUAUACUGACUGGCAUCACAUUUUCGGCCAUCCAUCACGUUGCAUUUUGAGUAUUUUAGUUAAUCAAAACAAACAAUUGUCAUCUUGUAAUUACUCGCAAGAGUUUCAUUGUCCUUCAUGUUCUAUUAAUAAAAGCACAAAGUUGCCUUUCUUUACCAAUAUUAUGUAUGCUAUUAGGCCCCUUGAAUUAUUAUAUUCUGAUGUAUGGAUUACAACAAAUAAAUCUCUUG